CGAUCGUGAGCGGACAGACAUAAUAAGUUGCCGAGUUCAAGCCCCAGAGGCGGCUUCUCCUAGUCCAUCAGCCACUCGAACACUAUGUUGUGGUCAGCGGAAGCUCCCGACACUGGAAGCAUCGAAAGUCGAAUGUGUGCCGAAGACUGAAGUGAUUAGACAUGAAGACGUAUGAAGGAGUUCGCUGAAGGGGUGUCCGAACCUCUCUGGGAGAAGACUUCGCCAUCUCCUCCUUUGUUUGUAGUUUUCUCCUUGUUAUUGUUGUUGUUCUCGUUGAACAUGGCUGACCAUCUCCGGGCUGCCGUGUCGCGCAAUAAGAGGCGCUACAAAUGCGACGGUUACAACUUGGAUCUGUCCUACAUCGAGCCGACAAUUAUAGCGAUGGGUUAUCCGGCGGAGAAGUUCGAAUCGAUGUAUCGCAACCAACUCGAUCAGGUAGCCAAGUUUCUCAACGAGAAGCAUCGGGAUCAUUACAAGAUUUACAAUCUCUGCAAAGAAAGGCAGAGAAAUAAUUAUCACAAGGACAAAUUCACUGGAAAUGUCUGUGAAGACUUCGCAUUCGAGGAUCACGCGCCCCCGCCUCUGGAAAAAAUUGAACCGUUUUGUCUGGAUGUUCAGGAUUGGCUUUCAAAGGAUCCGAACCAUGUCGUAGCUGUUCAUUGUAAAGCUGGGAAAGGUCGAACGGGUGUUAUGAUAUGUUGCUACCUACUUCAUUGCGGCCGUUUCAAAACUGCGGAAGAAGCCCUACAACAUUAUGGGAAAGUUCGAACUGUUGAUGAAAAGGGUGUGACAAUACCGUCACAGCGCCGUUACGUGGAGUAUUACGCGAAAAUGAAGAACCUAUCUCUCCAAUAUGAGAAAACCCGUUUGUUACUAAAAGGCAUAUUUUUCGAGAAUAUCCCUUUCAACGCCAUAAAUGGAUCAGCAGUUUUCACGGUCUACUUCGGAAACAAUCGGAAGAAGACUGUCAACAUGGGGGAUCUCCGCAACAAGGGAUCACAAUGGGAAUAUAUUGCCAGUGAACCCAUCGAAGUCGCUGGGGACGUUCAUAUCGAGUUCCAUCUGAGCAGAAUUUUUCCCGGUGUAAAAGAGAAAAUCUGUGGAGUUUGCUUCAACACAUUCUUCAUAGGCCGCCAGAACCACUCCACGGAUAAAGCGGAAGACUGUCAUUUAACAAACUGCACGCAAGAUUCCGGAGCAUCACUACCGACGACAGACGGAAACGGUGUGAUCAUCACCGGAGGGAACAGCGAGAGUCCUGGAGGUGGCUGCAGCGAGCUAGGUUCUCUCCAAGACAUUUGCUCGAGGGAUCCCGCCCGGUAUCGAGUUCUCAUCUUGAACAAGAGUCAAUUAGACAGAGCGUGCAAAGCGAAGGAGUUCCCUGAUAAAGCCGCGAUACAUUUUUUUGAUUCGUGUUUGCCAAUGUCUGCUGUGAGUGGCAACGGCAAUGCGGAACGUCACAGCGAAGGCGGUUCGCCGGGCGAGGAGGAGAGCUCCGAGGACGAUGAUGACGAUGACGAUGAAACCAGCUGCGUAAGGAUGUGA